ACAACAACAACAACAACAAUAAUAAUAAUAAUAAUAAUAAUAAUAAUAACAACAACAAGAAUAAAAAAUAAGCCCAACACCACGUUGCUGCUAAGAUGAGUGAUUCAACGUUAUAUCACCACUACAAAACUCUGAUGCCCAAGGCUUCAUUGGCAAGUUUAUGGUUGGCUUUCAAUAUUGCUUUACUACUGCAGGAGCCAUCAAAACAUAUCGCCACAGUUCAAGCAGCAACUGCUGGCGGUAGCAUGUUAGGUGACGUUAACAUAUCUGCCAUUCUGGAUUCAUUUAGUGUUAGUUACGAUAAAAGAGUAAGACCAAACUACGGUGGUAAGUCCAAUAAUUUGCUUUAG